CUGCACGCAACAUUAACAAGGAUUCGUAAGAGUGUCCUAUUUCCCAAGACCAGAAGUCUAGACAUCAUUAAAAUUCCGGAAGGGUCUUUUUACAACUUCCCGAAGAAAUUGCUCCUGCGAUCACGACAGGUGGCUUUGAGACCAUUUUCAAGAUUGCCCUUGUCACUCCUUCUUUCUUCUUGUACUCUUUUUGCAUCAAACCCAGCUCCUUGGCGAUAUAAACUAAGGUAGAGCUUCCUAUCCGUUAGUCUCUUGGCGGCCGACCCCUCGCAGUCCCUAACAUCAUUGCCGACGCGCCACUGGGCAAACGGCUCGGUUAUCCCAAGUCACCUACACCUCAUUUCUAACCAUUAGAUCACGAACAAAUCAAAGAUACCUGCGAUGCGCUUGUCCACUCCCCUUCUGCUGGCCUUGCCAGUACUCGGUGUCUCCGCCGAGGGCGCCUACGAGCAAUACUAUGCCAAAUUCCAAAACUUUCUUGGCCAAUUUGGCGCAACGCCCCCUAGCGCAACGCCCGAGGCCGACAAGGCAAAGAGCUCCGAUGCCAGCACCGCAACCGGUAGUCAAGCGCCGGCCAAGCCCAUCGAGGUGCUUACCUUGGAUAACUGGAAGGAUCUGCUCUAUGGGCCUGUGAAGUCGACUUCCACGGAGCCUGAGGAGUGGUGGGUUAUGAUCACCGGUGGCAACAAGACAUGCUGGGGCCGCUGUGCCAUGCCUGAAGCUGCUUGGAACGCAUCGACACCCAAGAUCGCUGCCCUUCCAAACUCCCCGCACUUAGGCUACCUCAACUGCGAGGCCAACCCAGUUCUUUGCAACGUUUGGUCAGCCGGCGCACCUUCCAUCUGGUCCCUGAAGAUGAAGCCAGCUCCCAGUGAGGUUGAGAUUGUCAUCAAGCCAUUGUCGCGCAACGAGACUACGGCUCAAACCAUUAUGGACAUCUACGAGGAGGGCUUCGUCAAGGGCAACAAGGACAAGUGGGUGUUGAACGACAGCGUCUUCCAUCCGUUCAACGGCUUCUUUGCCAAGAACAGUCUUAGCGUUCCCGUUGCCUACGUUCUCUGGUUCUUCAGCGUCGUUCCCAACUGGGCCGUGAUGCUUUGCGUGUCUUUCAUGAGCCGCAGCAUGAUGAACCGCCGCAUGGGAGUCGACCAGGCUGGUGCCGGGCAGGCUGCUCGUCGCGGCGCACCCCCUGGCGAUGCUAGGUAACGCACUGCCAAAGUUUGAGGGGCUGGUACAGUUCAAGGAUUGGGUUGCAUACCUCACUUCUGUUAUCGGAUCACCUGCCGGUUACUUUUUUGGAUACAAGCAUGGGCAGUGGGGGGGGGGGGGGGGGAUAUAGUAUGAAUCUCCUUUGU